AUGGACAAAGACAACAAGACAAUACAGAUAUUUUUCAUUCUUAAAGGAAUUUCAGACAUCCCUGAACUCGAGACACUAAUCUUCUUUUUGGUUCUUCUUAUGUAUCUCAUGACUAUUGGAGGUAAUGUGGUUAUUCUUCUGCUAAUCUCCUUGGAUCAUCAGUUGCACACUCCCAUGUAUUUCUUCCUAGGAAACCUCUCUCUAAUGGAUAUGUGCUCCACCACCGUAACUCUACAUAAGGUCCUCAGUGGUUUCAUAACAAGGGAUGACACCAUAUCACCUCAAAUCUGUAUUUCUCAGAUGUUUGUAUACUUAUCAUUGGCUAGAAAUGAGAUGUUUAUAUUGACAGCUAUGAGCUAUGAUCGAUAUGUGGCCAUAUGUAACCCUUUCCAUUAUCCAGUAAUCAUGAACUACAGAGUAUGUGCUGUGUUGGCAAUUUUCUGCUGGGUUUUUGGUUUUAUAGAAUUAAUACCAUAUUUUGUCAUAAUGUUAACAUUUUCCUGUUAUAGGUCUAACAUAAUUGACCACUUUUACUGUGACAUUGUACCUCUUAUGAAACUGGUUUGUAAUGAUAUCUCUGCUUUGGAGAUGUUGAUGAACACAGAUGGGCUUAUUUUUGGUGUUGUAUCCUUUUUUCUAACCUUCUUGUCUUAUGUUGUCAUUAUUAUCACCAUACUGAAGAUCCGUAACAGUACUGGGAGACGUAAAGCCUUCUACACAUGCUCCUCUCAUCUCACGGUCAUCAUCCUUCUCUAUACAACACUUUUCAUUUUAUAUUUUGGAACAACGGACAGUUUGGUGUAA